AUGGAUCCUCGAAAAUUGUCAGCUUUACUCUCUUCCCUUGUCUCUCAACUCCUUUUAUUGAUCAUCCUUCUCUUUGAUUCCAACAAAACAACCGACAGUCAUUUCUCCGAUGGCACCAACACCUUUGCCGGCGUUCUUAAUUAUUUGCUCUCAUCGCAACAAAUCGCUGCUUCCUUUUCGUUCGUUUCGGUUUCCCGGAAACGGAAGAGAACCCAUUGUUCAGAAUCCGAUUCCGAGCCCGCCGGUGAAGAAACCGACCCCCAACUCGACCGAGUCAGACUCGGUUUGACUCGGGAUCCUGACUCAUUCAAACCCAUCUUCAGGAUGAAAUCCUCCACCUUUGAAUGGCUCGCCGGGUUGCUUGAACCGUUGUUGGAGUGCCGGGACCCGGUUGGUUCCCCGUUGAAUCUAUCCGCCGAGUUACGUCUAGGGAUUGGUUUGUUUAGGUUAGCCACCGGUUCGAGUUACCCCGAAAUCGCUCAACGAUUUGGGGUUUCCGAGUCAGUGACUCGUUUCUGUACCAAACAUCUGUGUCGAGUCCUCUGCACUAAUUUCCGAUUCUGGGUCGCGUUUCCGACUCCCGACGAGCUCAACUCAGUCUCCUCCUCGUUCGAACGACUCACCGGGUUACCGAAUUGUUGCGGUGCCAUCGAUUGCACGAGAUUCAGCAUUGUGAACGAUAACAAUGGCGGCAUUGAUAGUAUUGCAGCUCAAAUAGUGGUAGAUUCAUCAUCAAAAAUCUUAAGCAUAAUUGCAGGUUUUAAAGGGAACAAAAGAGAUUUUAAAGUACUUGAAUGUUCAACUUUGUAUAAAGAUAUUGAAGAAGGCAGGUUAUUAAAUUCAAGCCCUUUGAUCAUCAAUGGAGAAGCUGUGAAUCAAUAUUUUGUUGGUGCUGGUGAUUACCCUUUGCUUCCAUGGUUAAUGGUGCCGUUCCAUGACGUUUUUCCGGGUUCGAGCCGAGCGAGGUUCAACGCGGCGCAUAGUGUAAUGCGUUCAUCGGCGUUGAAAACCAUUGCUAGUUUGAAGAAUUGGGGGAUUUUGAACCGACCGAUACACGAAGAGUUGAAGGCCGCCGUCGCCGUUAUCGGGGCUUGUUCGAUUUUGCAUAAUGUGUUGCUCAUGAGGGAAGAUGAUUCUGCAUUGUGUGAAACCAUGGGAGAUUACUUGGGGCAUACUCAAAGCUUUCAUCACCAGCAGCACUAUGAGGAAGAUAGCAUUGAGGCUUCUGCAAUUCGAGAUGCAUUGGCGGAACAAGCUUGUGUUUAG